AUGCCCGUACCCCUUGUUUCAUCAACCCUUGGUCACCCAAGAUUUCAAGUGCUUUGUGACGUUGACAUCCUGGUAGCCGUUUUGCUUCGUCCUACGUCGUCCAGCCGUGCCGUGUGCCUUGCUCUUUGUCUUUGUUUGCUGUCUCUAAUUGACAACGCAGCCCACGAUCGGUCACCUGUCUCCUCUGGUAUCAUGGCAUGA